AUGGAGCAGCCGAUCAACCCCAUCGGAGGAAAACCAAUCAUCAUCAGCAAACAGCACUACUUCAAGAAAAUAGUGGUGGACAGAAUUGUUGGGAAAGCUGGCCUGAUCUCCCAUGUUCUCUACCUGGCUACAGAGAACGGAAAAAUCCAGAAAGUGGUGGAAAUAAAUGAAUCGACCUUCGUUAUAUCAGAAAUCAAAGUUCUGAGCAAACCGGGGCCGAUCUUAUCCAUGUUCCUCGAUUCACAAACAAAACAUCUGUACAUCAACUCUGCGGAGGAGCUAGUCCGGUUUCCGAUGCCGCAGUGUUUCCGUCACACAAACACCUGUGAAAAUUGUGUCAUGGCCCGAGACCCUGACUGUGGGUGGAACUCAAUCAGAAAGCAAUGUGAAACUUUCGAUCCGAAGGGGGCCAUCAUCCAAGAUCUCCAACAUGGGAAUCACCAGAUAUGCAAUAUAAGAGAAGCGAUACUUGGUUUUGCAAGACAAGGACCUGAAUUGAGGAAAGAGACACAGCAAAUCAACAUUUCCCGUGAUACCAAGCCACCGCCCAUGUACCUGCCGUGCCGGAAGUAUUCCUAUCAUGCUGAGUAUUCAUGGAAACACAAAGACCAGAUGCUGCCCUGCUCCUCCACUCGUGAUGAUUGUCUUCUCCUCAUCGAGAGAUUUUCUGAGCCUGAUUAUGGCUUGUACGAGUGUAUUUCGAGGGAAAAUGGAAUGGAGCAAGUUCUGGCUUCCUAUUUUAUUCCUCAUUCAUCUGGGUGCAGUCUCACUCUGUACCCACCUCUGCUUCUAGUUGUGACACUCCUUCUGUACUGAAGACAUAGACUUCACACCCUGGCACAUUUCUAUCUUCCAUAAAACAAAGAUUCCAACCAAAGGUCAGAAAGAAAAACACUUGCCACGAAAAUGCCAUUCAGCCUCCUCCUCCCAGGGUCACAAGCUGUUCUGUCGCUAUAGCUUUCUAACAAAUUUAACCUAAUACCAUUCGUGCAAAGACAGGCGAGUUGUUACCAGCGGUUUGAAACAGCAUUGACGGCAGGACUCACUUAAUAAGCAGCUGUGAUGGGAAGACAACAACAGCUUGCAUUUAUAUAGCGCCCUCCACGCCG